AUGUCUUCAGCUACAACAGUUUCAUCUAUCCAUCCUCGAGAAGUAUGGAUUAAAGAAGAAGGUUGCAGCCACGUGUGUUUAAUCAUUGAUCCCCAGACAAAAAUAAUUGAAGAUAUUAAACGAUUAGUAUUGGGUGAUUCUCGUAAACAUUACCAGGCUUUUUAUCUUCAACAACUUCUAGCAGAAAAUGUAGCUAUUCCAACUGAUGUUUCCUUCGAAAAUCCCAUCCAAUUAAACCGUAUCAUUAAUCGUUCUUCUAUUCCAUCAAAUGAAUACGAUAGUGAUGCUCUUAUGAAUCUUCAAUUUGAAAGAACUGAUGAAAGAAGAACAAGCACCUUGCUCGACAACCGUCAACAACUAUAUCAAUGCAACAAAUACAUGGGCAAAUGGCAAACAAAUUGCUUGUAUAGAAAUAAUCCAGAUGGAGCCAAUAGCAUUGGUAGUAGUCGUGAUUGCUUACUCUCGACUGAUACUUCUUCUGGCACUUGGACAUAUCAUAGGAUGCUGCGAGAAGCGGCAAGCUAUGUAUGGCGUCGCAUGAGUAAUGGAAAUGCCACUUCGUACAAAUCAAAAUCUGAAUAG